CAAUUCCCAUCAUCUCCGAACAGUAUGCGCAGAGUAAAUGGUGCCUCCGUGAGCUCACGGAGAUAAUGGAUUGCCACAGACAUCAUGGCAAAUCAGUCUUCCCUAUAUUCUAUAAGGUGGAUGUUGUUGAUGUGGGUCGCCAACGAGGUAAUUUUCAAGAGGCUCUGUGUAAACAUGAGAUGCAGUUCAGCACAAAAGAAGUGCUAGAAUGGCGGAAGCGCUGACUUCUGUAGCGAGGAUUAAAGGAUGGAUAUCAGAAACCGUUGCUAAUGGGCAUGAAGGAGAGCUAGUGAAUAUGGUGGUCGCAAAGGUCUCGAGUGAAUUGAAGACGACGUGGAUCGAACGACUCCCCAUGUUUCCUAUAUUGAUGUCUAAUGAUUACGCAAAAUCAGUCCAUCGUUGCCUUUUGGAGAAGAAAAGAAGAGAGAGUAAAUGGCAAGUGUUUUUGGCCUUUCGGGGCCCUGAUACUCGAUUUGGCUUUGCCGCUUACCUCUACAUCAGCCUUGUGACAGCAGGAAUCAGAGUUUUUAAUGAUAAUGAUCCGUACCUCAUAGGUAAAGAUGUUGCUCAUGAGAUUCGCAAUGCCAUUGAUCACUGCGAGAUAUCCAUUCCAAUUAUCUCUGAAAAUUAUGCCUCCUCUCCUUGGUGCCUUAACGAGCUAGCUCAAAUGGUUGAAUCCAAGAGAAUAAAGGGGCAAGAGAUAUUGCCCAUUUUCUAUAAAGUAAGCACCUCACAUGUGCGAAACUUAUCUCAUUUUUUUGGAGAGUGCAUGCUUCGACAUAAGAAAUUGGUUGACACAAAUACUUACGAGCGGUGGGAGCAAGCUCUUAGGGAGGUUGGGUCCUCCAAAGGAUGGGCGACAGAGAAAAUCGCCAAUGGGCAUGAAGGGCUACUUGUAAAACGAGUCGUUAAGGAGGUUUCAAGGUUGUUGAACAAUCCCCGAACACGUGAUCCCCCCAUCCCCAUCCCCAAACACAUCUCCCGUAUGUGAUUCCUAUUUUACAAGAGGGUUUUCCUCAGUGAUUAAAUGUGUCCUCGCUUAUUUUUCGUCAUUUGUAUUAAUUUUCUAAAGAUUGUUGAGAAUUCUU